GUGUGUGCACUUUGACUGGGAUGGGGAUUUGGCGGCAGCAGUUCAACGUUCCAAGAAGAAAGUUAGCUCUGUCCAAUCAAAAACACUUUAAAUUAUACGCAUCGCGAGCGUACGAUCUAUUAUGAUUUUUAAAUAAAUACGGUUAAAAUUUCCUUUGAACUCUAAUCGAUAGCGAUUUUUGUUGAUCUUAAUUUUGAUGUAUUUAGCCACACAUUAGCCAACAACGCACCUAGACUCAGUUCACAGCCAGCUAAAGUAAUUUAUAUUCGCAGUACUUUUCGAAAUUCUUUUUGGACGCCAUUGAGUUCCUCGCAGAUUUCAGCUACAUCGAAGCUGACGUGGUGUUACGUGUGCGUUGGUUCUCAGACCGUCCAUUCGAGGCGUAAUCAGUGAUUUAACGUUAAUCAGUGGCUGCAUUCGCUAUCUAUUGAACGAUUAUCAUGGCAAGCAAUGCCUGUCAAAUGCAGGAGCAGGGCAGCGGUGGUUCGCUAUCAUCACUAGCACAGGUAGCAACAAGGAGAGCAAAAUCAGAGGACAGAAACUCAAACGAAGAUGUUUCUAAUGCACACAACAGGAGAGAGCUUCCCUCCAGAAGACAGGCAUACAGAAAAGUGUCUUCAGAUCCAGCAGGUCCAAAAGUUGAAGAGAUAAAAGAAGAGGUAGCGCCUUGCAGUGUCCCACCAGGGCCCGGCAUGCCAGCCUCUAUUUAUCAGACAAACCAUGGCCAGUUCAUUGCUUUUACUCAGGAUGGUGCCAUCCAGCUGACCAGUGCUCUACCUAGAGGACUACAGGCCUUGCAGCCUCUGACCAUGUCCAACUCUGGAAACUCCCAGUCUGCUGCAGCCAUCGUCCAGUAUUCCCAACAGUCAGGAGAUGGCACUCAGCAGUUCUAUAUGCAAGGCAACAAGGGGAUGGUAAAAGCUUCCACUGGUGACAUGUCAGGCUACCAGAUCUGCACUCCCACCUCCAGCCUGCCCCAGGGCGUUGUGAUGGCUGGCUCCCCAGGCUCCCUGCACAGCCCCCCGCACGUGGCUGACGAGACCACACGCAAGAGACAACUCCGCCUCAUGAAGAACAGGCAGGCAGCCAAAGAGUGCCGGCGGAGGAAGAGAGAGUAUAUUCGCUGUCUGGAGACUCGCCUCACCAUGCUGGAGGCCCAAAACAAGAAGCUCGUGGAUGAGCUAAACUACUUUAAGGAAAUGUAUGGAAUUAAGUCGAGUCAGUAACAGUAUACUGUACAUACACACCCUGUAGAGACAUGUUAUUUAUGCCUAUCAUAACCAGCUACUGUACAUAACAUUGCACAGUAAUGUGUUUAUUUUCAAUAAAUAUGCCAUAUGGUUGUAUGUCAUUCGCUUUUAAAUUGUUUUAAACAUUCUCAUUGAAGAUCUGUUAUUUGAAGAUUUAUCAGACAAAAUGCUCCCAGAGGUUUAUCUUGAAUGACAUGUGGAGUCUCAGGCCUGCACAUAUAGCAAUGUAUAGGCAUUAUUUUGUAGAGACUAGGGCUUGCAUAGAGAGCUCUAUCUUAAAUGACAUUUUACAAAGAAACUAACCAGCAUAUAUUACUGUUCUAUAAGAGGGAUAAAAAAUACAAAAAGUUUAUUGUACUAUUUCAUUACUAUUUAUUUAGUUGUUUUUUAUUGUUAGAAAUCUUAUAUGCUUCAUGCACAUUGCUUUUUUGUUUUACAUUUCUGUAUUUAAUCUUCGUAAAGAGACGUUUUUAUUGGUUGAAUGUAAAUGAAUAUAUACCCUGAUGUCACAAAGCACAAACCUGCCGAGCUUUUGUUCAUAGUUCAUGUGUUUGUAAUUUUGUUAAAAGUUUGUCUAAAACAAUUCAGCUAAAUUAACCCAUGACCCUUCUUGAAUGUAUUUCUCUAAUCUGCACUAUUGUUCAAAAAGUGAAAAACUCCUUAUAAUGCUUUGAUAUCAAUUUGAUUCUCAAAUAAAAUGUUU